AUGGCGCCUUUUAAGGCUUUAUAUGGUAUGUGGUGUCAUUCCCUGAUUGGAUGGUUUGAGACUUCCAAGGUUAGACCCUUUGUUACCGAUUUGCUUCAAGAGUCGUUGGAUAAAGUCAAGGUGAUUAAGGAAAAGUUGAGAGCAGCUCAGAUUAGGAAGAAGGCUUAUCUAGACCAAAGGCACCGUACCUUGGGAUUUGGAGUUGGUGAUUGGGUAUUCCUCCGUGUAUCGCCUAUGAAGGAUGUGAUGAAGUUUGGGAAGAAGGGAAAGCUCCACCCCAUAUAUACUAGACCUUUCAAGAUUCUUCGUAAGUUAGUGAGACGGGAUUCAAUUCAGUUGGAUAAGCAAUGGACCUUUGUGGAGGAGCCUGUGCUCAUUUUGGCUAGUGAUGUCAAAUGGUAUUCUACAAAUUUGGUGGCUGACAUAAGGGCAAGAAUGAGAAAGUUCACUUCUAGGCUAUCUCGGGAUCUAAUCCUUGAAAGCAAAAUUGCUUUGCUGAUUAAGGAUAUAGAUAUUUCGAGGUUAGUUAUUCACUUGCAGCAGGUGGAAGAAGAAAAGAAGAAAUGGGUGGAGUUUGGGGAAAGAAUAGGUAAGAGAAGUAGGUUCUCUAAGCAGAGUGGUGCUCAGCAGCAGAGUGGUCGGGAUGGAGGUAAAUGGCCAAAAAAGAACUAG